AUGCCUGUGAUGCGAUACGGAUACGCGUACGAUGCGGGUGACGAACUGCUCGGCGUGUCGGAGAGCUCGAUGCCCUGCAUAUUGAAGAGGUUUUGCAAGGCCAUAUCUGAGAAAUUCGCACCCGAGUGCUUGCGAGAGCCUACAGAAGAGGAUAUGAAAGGCAUACUCGCGGUGAACGAGUCACGUGGCUUCCCUGGUUGCUUAGGGAGCAUUGACUGCCAACAUUGGGAAUGGGAAAAGUGUCAUGUUGCAUGGGCCGGACAAUUCAUGGGGAAAGGAAAGAAGCCCACUAUAGCAAUUGAAGCCAUUUCGGACGGCGAGCUUUGGUUUUGGCAUCUCUCGAUUGGUCACCCCGGUUCACUGAACGAUCUCAACAUUUUGUCAAACAGCACUACAAUUGAAAGGAUAUUGUUGGGGCAGUUUCCCCCGCGCAUCGCCCAUGUCAUUAAUGGCAAGAUACGAGAUCUACCGUACUACCUGGCAGCUGGAAUCUAUCCCUCCUGGCCAAUAUUCGUGAAAUCUACAAAGGGCUGUACUGAGCGCAAGCUGAAGAAUUUUUCGCAGGAGCAAGAGGCCGUCAGAGAAGACGUCGAACGCGCAUUUGGUGCCUUAGUAGCGUCAUUUCACGUCCUGAAGAGCCAAUGUCGCAUGUGGUGCAAGGCUCAUGCGAUGGAUAUCUUACGUACUUGUGUUAUACUGCAUAACAUGAAUCGUGAGGCGCGACGCGAUAAUUACAACGUAAACCUUUACGCCCGAGCUACAUCUGGUGAACCGUUCGUGAGCGCCAGGCAGUUUGCACCAGAUGCUGAAGUGAACUUUAAAUGGGAAAAUGCAGAUUCGAUCUCACCUACUGCUGUGCUUGGCACAUGGGGCGCUCUGGCUGCAAGGAGGCGACUGGAAUCCGACAACAGUGUAGCGUACGACCAACUGCGUGUCGACUUGGUAGAGCACAUAAACUGUUGGAAGUUUUCAAUUGCUUCUGCUGGGCUUACUUUAUGA